AUGGCGACGGCACGCGUGUCAAGACUGUUUUCUACCGCUGAACCGCCUCUUUGCGUGCGAUGUCUGCAGCGGAGCGCAGCUGCGGCCUUGGGCUUGCGAUGGAGUUCGUCGUCCACUGCUCCUUCAUCCACCCUCCACUCCAGAAUUCGGGAACAGCUGAAGGCCGCCAUGCGUGCAAAGGACACUGCUCGUUUGACCGUCCUGCGUGGCACGAUUUCCGAGAUCAAUCAGGCGGCCAGUGGCUCCAAUCCAAUUAGAACCGACAUGCAGAUCCUUGCCCUGCUGCGGAAACGCAGAGCUGCAUCGGAGGCGGCUGAGAAAGAGGCACACGAAGCUGGUAGACCGGACCUGGUGGAGAAGCUGGAGAAGGAGGUGACAGUCAUUGAGGAGCUGGUGGGCUCUGUGAAAGUAAUGGAUCCUCAGGAUUUGAGGAACAUUGUAAGAGCUACCAUCGAAACACUGAGGGGCACGGUAUCAGGAGAUCUAAAACAGGGUGUGGUUCUCAAAGAGUUGCUGAAACCCGACGGAGAGUUGGCGGACAAGCCGCUGGACAAGAAAGUCCUGGCGGAUGUGGUAAAGGAAGAACUCGCGAGCAAUCACAACCCUUCGUGA